GCUCUGCAGGAUGCCGGGGGGCAAGCGAGGGCUGGUGGCACCGCAGAACACCUUCCUGGAGAACAUCGUCCGGCGCUCAAGUGAAUCCAGUUUUCUGUUGGGAAAUGCCCAGAUCGUGGACUGGCCUGUAGUUUAUAGUAAUGACGGUUUCUGUAAACUCUCUGGAUAUCAUCGAGCCGACGUCAUGCAGAAAAGUAGCACUUGCAGUUUUAUGUACGGCGAACUGACAGACAAGAAGACCAUUGAAAAAGUCCGACAGACUUUUGACAACUAUGAGUCAAACUGCUUUGAAAUUCUCCUCUACAAGAAAAACAGAACCCCAGUUUGGUUCUACAUGCAAAUUGCACCCAUAAGAAAUGAGCAUGAAAAGGUUGUUCUCUUCCUGUGCACUUUUAAAGAUAUCACUUUGUUCAAACAACCAAUUGAAGAUGAUUCAACAAAAGGUUGGACGAAGUUUGCUCGGUUGACACGAGCCUUGACGAACAGCCGCAGCGUUCUGCAGCAGCUAACGCCGAUGAACAAAGCCGAGGUGGUGCACAAACACUCCCGGUUAGCUGAAGUUCUCCAGCUGGGAUCUGAUAUUCUUCCUCAGUACAAGCAAGAAGCUCCAAAGACUCCACCACACAUUAUACUACAUUAUUGUGCUUUUAAGACCACUUGGGACUGGGUCAUCCUAAUUCUAACCUUCUACACAGCGAUUAUGGUUCCGUAUAAUGUCUCCUUCAAGACGAAGCAGAACAACAUUGCCUGGCUUGUGCUGGACAGUGUUGUGGACGUUAUUUUUCUGGUUGACAUUGUUUUGAACUUUCAUACGACCUUUGUUGGCCCUGGUGGAGAGGUUAUAUCCGAUCCCAAACUCAUAAGGAUGAACUACCUGAAAACGUGGUUUGUGAUUGACCUUCUGUCCUGUUUACCUUAUGACAUCAUCAAUGCCUUUGAGAAUGUGGAUGAGGGGAUCAGUAGCCUCUUCAGUUCCUUAAAAGUGGUGCGUCUUCUCCGACUCGGACGAGUCGCCAGGAAGUUGGACCAUUACCUGGAAUAUGGUGCUGCUGUACUGGUACUGCUGGUGUGUGUAUUUGGACUGGUGGCCCACUGGCUAGCCUGCAUAUGGUACAGCAUUGGGGACUACGAAGUUAUAGACGAAGUCACUAACACAAUCAAAACCGAUAGCUGGCUCUACCAGUUGGCACUGAGCAUCGGGACACCAUAUCGGUACAACACCACUGGCUCAGGGCAGUGGGAAGGAGGACCCAGUAAAGACUCCUUGUACAUAUCCUCUCUCUACUUUACCAUGACAAGCCUUACAACGAUAGGAUUUGGAAACAUAGCACCAACCACUGAUGGAGAGAAGAUUUUUUCGGUGGCCAUGAUGAUGGUUGGCUCUCUUCUUUAUGCAACUAUUUUUGGAAACGUCACCACCAUUUUCCAGCAAAUGUAUGCCAACACCAACCGAUACCAUGAGAUGCUGAACAAUGUGCGGGAUUUCCUAAAAUUAUAUCAAGUCCCGAAAGGCCUUAGUGAACGAGUCAUGGAUUAUAUUGUCUCAACCUGGUCCAUGUCUAAAGGAAUUGAUACAGAGAAGGUUCUCUCAAUUUGCCCAAAGGACAUGAGAGCAGAUAUUUGUGUGCACCUAAACCGGAAAGUUUUUAACGAACACCCUGCCUUUCGGCUGGCUAGUGACGGCUGCCUGCGAGCCCUGGCUGUGGAGUUUCAGACGAUCCAUUGCGCCCCAGGAGACCUCAUCUAUCAUGCUGGGGAAAGUGUUGAUGCUCUUUGCUUUGUGGUCUCAGGAUCUCUAGAAGUCAUCCAGGACGACGAGGUUGUGGCUAUUUUAGGUAAAGGUGAUGUGUUUGGUGAUAUCUUCUGGAAAGAAACUAGUCUAGCCCACGCAUGUGCCAAUGUACGGGCUCUGACAUACUGCGAUUUACAUAUUAUUAAACGAGAAGCCUUGCUUAAAGUGUUGGACUUUUAUACUGCUUUCGCAAACUCGUUCUCAAGGAAUCUCACGCUCACCUGCAAUUUGAGGAAACGGAUCAUCUUCCGGAAAAUCAGUGAUGUCAAGAAGGAAGAAGAGGAACGCCUGCGCCAGAAGAAUGAGGUGACGCUGAGCAUCCCUGUGGACCACCCUGUGCGGAAACUCUUCCAGAAGUUCAAGCAGCAAAAGGAGAUGCGUAAUCAAGGCUCAACCCACAUUGACCCGGAGAGGAACCAGCUUCAGGUGGAAAGCCGUACCAUGCAGAAUGGGGCCUCCAUCACGGGCACGAGCGUGGUCACCGUGUCUCAGAUCACGCCGAUCCAGACUUCCCUAGCCUACGUGAAAACCACUGAGGCCGUGAAGCAGAACAACCGGGAUGCCAUGGAGCUCAAGCCAAAUGGAAACGGAGACCAGAAAUGUCUCAAAGUGAACAGUCCCAUGCGGAUGAAAAAUGGGAAUGGCAAAGGGUGGCUUCGACUAAAGAACACAAUGGGGACCCACGAGGAGAAAAAGGAAGACUGGAAUAAUGUCACAAAGGCUGAGUCCAUGGGGUUGCUGUCUGAGGACCCCAAGUGCAAUGACUCAGAGAACGGUGUAAAUAAAAACCCACUGAGGAAAACAGACUCUUGUGACAGUGGAAUAACAAAAAGUGACCUUCGUUUGGAUAAAGCUGGUGAGACUCGCAGCCCUCUGGAGCAUAGCCCCAUUCAGGCUGAUGCUAGGCAUCCUUUCUACCCUAUUCCUGAGCAGGCCUUACAAACCACCCUCCAGGAAGUCAAACAUGAACUCAAAGAAGAUAUCCAGCUGCUAAGCAGCAGGAUGGCUGCCCUUGAGAAGCAGGUGGCAGAAAUUUUAAAAAUAUUGUCUGAAAAGAACGUACCCCAGAUCUCUUCCCCCAAGUCUCAUUUAUCACCCCAGUUACCCUCCCAAAUACCCUGUCAGGAUAUUUUUAGUGUUUCAAGGCCUGCAUCACCCGAAUCAGAAAAAGAUGAAAUCCACUUUUAACAUAUACCUAUGUUUAUAUAUGUAUACAGUAUAUAUGCAGAGGUGUAUAUAUACCUUUAUACAUAUAUAUGUGUGUGUGUAUACGGUAAAUAUAUAUAUACAUAUAUAUUUUCACUUGCAUCCAAUAUGACUUGAACACACCAAGGGUUUUGAUAUGUAAAUAUUGCAUGUCCAGCUGGAUUCUGGCCUGCCAAAGAAAACAAUUAUUAACAUAGAUAUUGCUUGUAUAAUAUGCAGUUGACUGCAUGCACACUUUACAUUUAUUUAUAAUCUCUAUUAUGUAAUAAAAGAAUGACUUUUGUUUAACAAAGGCAAUGUACUAUUUAAAGAAUCAGGGUCUAACCUGCCAAUAUUGCCAUGACAGAUUUGAUCUCAGGCUGGGUGAAUUGAGCUUUUAUUUCCUCACUGUCUUUUCUGCCGAGUUAAACAAUAGAUUAACAUGAUGUGGAGCACAUGUUCAGACUCCAAUUAGUAUUGUUUCCUGGUAUCAUUCCAUUACAAUAUACUGUAUAUUUGGUGAUAGAUUCCCCUCCUCCUCUUCCGUAAAGGGAGGGUUCAGCUCGAUUAACAGAGAAGGGCACUGUGGCAGGUGCCUGGGUAGAUCACUGGAAUUUAUUAGUGUGGGUAUUGUGCAUGCACAGCCUUUUAUUUCAAGUAUCCUCCUGCUCUUUUAACAUCAUAAAUAAGAAACAAUAAUAAUGAUGAUUUCUGUAACAAUGUGGAACAAACAAAUGCAGCUGCACUCCCUGUGUAUUUGGGGAGGGGGGGUAAUCUGUUUUUUGAAAGCCUCUUUUUAUUGAUGCCAUUUAUAUGGAACUGUUAGAGUAGCAUUACAUAGAUUCUUUUCACAGCAUUCAGAGACAGUGUCUGACUCUGUCAGGAUCUUCAUUAGGAAGUCCAAGUUUUGCAGGGUUGAGCAUUGCUUUUCCCCAUCCUUCCCCGUUGCUCCUGGCGGAAAGGCUUUGCACAAGGUCUUAGCAAGGGAGAGAGAAUUUUUUGUUCAGCUCCUUGGGAGCCAUGUGAGCAGACUGGAAAGCCUGAAGUUAAAUGGUUUCAGUUAAUCCCCAUCCACUCCCUUUUCUGAGGAUGUUUAUCAAUCUGAAACUGCUUUUGAGAAAGAGAGAAAGACCAAGUCUGGAUGUGUAGCUGGCAAUGACGACAGUCAUUUCACCCCAUGGCAUCAGGAUGACAGUGUUUGGGUGGGAGAUGUGGUUCUGCUGGGGAGAUGAAAUCCCCCCCCCCAGGUGCCUGCUACUCUUGCCGUUGGACUUGGAGACAGGCUCAGUGGACUGGGGAACAAGCUGCCAGUGCAGGAGUGCAGUGCCCACAGAGAAUCGUUGGGCAUAUUAAGGCCAUUAGGUCCGCGUCAGAUGCUCUGGCCCUUCUCUUAGCCCAUGCCUUCGGCAUCUGCAGCCUUGACCCGUGCUCAGAUCACACCUCCAUCGCCCAGCCUAGAGCAGCCUCCUCCUCGCUGUGCUGCAGCUGCAGCAGGGCAGGUGCUUGCGCUAGACCCUCUUCUGCUUAUGCAAACUGAGAUUUCUUUUUUUGGAGUCUGCCUGAGCCUGCGCUUGAGCGUGGUGGCUGUUUGUUGCCUCUAAGUUUGCGCCAGGUGAGAGUCCAGGCACGCGCGACUCCCAACAGAAAUGGCCACCACGGCUUCAGAGCAGUGCUGUGGCUCGAGACUGACACACCCGGCUGUAGUGGCUCCUUAAGCGAAGGAUUUCCCCACACUUAAAUGACCUCUUGCACCAAGAUUUCAUGUUUUUAAAAGUGCCUGGAGUGAAAUAUAUGUGCACCGCAAGGCAUCACUAUCCAUCAGGUAAUUAAAAGACAUGUUUAUAAUUAGUGGGCAUCCUUACCAAAUGCCAAUACCAGACCCAUUACUUCACAUCAGGAAACUGAACUACUCUAAAGCACUUCCUGAAAAGCCAAAAAACUCCUCAUCUGCAGUAGCAGCAAUUAGGAACCUGCAUGCUAGGGUGAACAUGUCUCCUAGUGUGGAAUUGAAACCCCUAAUCCCCCAAAAGAUCAUGAGAAAGCCAAAGAAGUCAUUGCUUUUGUUGUGUCAGUUCAUGCAGGCCUUUAGUAAAGCACUGGUCUGUCUUGGUUGUUGGUACUUUCCAACCGCUUUCUGCCCCUCCACCAGUCCCUUCCUUUAGGAAAUCAUAGACAAAGAAGGAAGAAUAGAAAGGCUCCAUUUAGGCCAGUGAAAGGACAAGUCCCAAAGACUGGUGGCUAUGCUGCUGCUCAGAUGGGGCAAUUCCCCGCUUCCUUCUCCGCAGCUGCAGUUGCCCCUGGCAGGACUUGCAGCUCUAUUUUGCAGCUGCUUUUCUGACACAAGUGCAAAUCCUUAAGUGUGCAACCUCGCUUUGGUCUGCUGCGACAAACUGCGCUUGUAAAACAGAGGGACCUACUAGGUCCUGCUCUACGGCCUACCCUGUGACUCUGAAAUGAUUGUGGAAUUUAUAUGUUAAGGAGUUACAGGUUUUCUGCAGGCUACUGGCAUUUGCACAGACCUUAUGGGUAUGACUUAAGUGCCAAGUUUUGAAGAUUUAACCCCUGUUACCUGAUUUGAAUUAUUGGUUAAGACAGAUACACAGCAACCUACUUUCCCACAGCUGAUGUACAAUGUGCCUAGCAUUUUCCAGGUUGAUAAUAUGGUGCCCAGCAACAGCUGUACUUUUGGCUGUGGCCUUCUGGGCUCGGCUGCACGUGAACCUGUCUGAUUUUUGCAGUGCAGAACGAAAUGGCAGCACAGGGAUGAAUGGCACCUCCGUGAUGGAGCCCGGGGGCAGUUUUGUUGCAUUCCCCCCCACUCCACCCGUGCACAACCCAGCCAGCUCUCCUUGCUUUUCAACACAGAUGAUAGACUGAGAACCUGGUAGGGCCAGCAGAGGUGACCUCCGGCUGCUUCCCAGAUCGUCUCUUACCCUCCCAGGGAUACUUUCAGAGCUGUACCAUUGACAGGGAGAAUUUGUCUUCCCCUCUGUGUCCAGAGCUGCCCAGUGAAUAGCUGAGUUACUUAGGCUGUCUGGGGACUGGAGUUUUGAUGAAGAAGUUUCUUGAAUGCCUGAUUGCACUGCUAUGUGAUGCUGCAACACAGCCGGCAGGGCGAUGGGGGUGACUUUGUUAGAAAGCAUUAGCCUUAAUGGCAUUCCUCUGCCUUUAUGAAGGACUUUUUUUGCUUUCUCUGUAACUGAUAUUAAGCCUAGAUAGAAUUGCAUGGCAUGCAAAGGGAUUUUUAUUUUAAUUUAUCUUGCAAGUCAGGUGUAACUUUAUGCCACUUGACAGUGAGAGCAUAUGUAACAGGAUUAAUCUGACCUUGAAAACUAUUUGAGCCCAGAGUGUCUACUAAGGUUCAAGUACAACUAUCGUGGUUAAAAUGCAUACUGGCUAAAAGCUAUAAAUAGUGUAAAAUAGCAAGUUCAUGAAACAAACACAGUGUUUCCAUGUUCACUUGUUCUAGUGCUGCUUUGACUCUGCUGUUCCAAUAUUGUUCCUCACCAGUUCAGUGGAACCGGUUUGUACCUUGCACAAGGCAGUAGUGCAAGGGGGAUCUUGCAAGCGUGCUAAAUGGCACCUGCAAAAGCGCUGUCCCAGGCCUUAUGCCCUGGGGGGACAGUUGCAAGCCCAAUUUGCAGAAUGAACUCUGGUGCCUACUGCUCUGUAAAUUUGGCUCGUACAGUUCUUUGCCUCUAAAUUUUGUGACCGGAGCAUUACACAUUGUUUCAUGGAGUUGUUACCAGGGCGCUUGUUCCCUUUUCCCGUCCCCUCGUCCUUCUGUGGUUGUGCACGAUGUGACUGAGCGCGCUGCCGACCGGAGUAUUCCCGUUCUGCUAGAGCUUGAGUCAUAAUGUUGUAGUUCAGACUUGACUGAAAGCAACCACCUAUCCCUAGUAAGUGCAAUAAGGAAAGAAAUGUGUCUGUUCCACCUAAGUCAGCGCUCAAGCAGUUACAUCCCGUGCAGAAGGGAGUGCUCAGCUGCAUGCUUUUAUUUCCUUUACAGAGCUGUAUACCUGUACAAAUGUUCCUGCCAUGUGCUGGUAGUAGUUAGCGUUCUUAGCACUUACCUCGUGCUUUAUGUGUUCGAAAUAUUUUACCAACACACAAGUGGAUUUUAUCUUUCUGGACAAGACAUUAAUAGAAAUAAAAUGUGUACAGAAAAGUAACCUCUUUCCAAAGCAAAUGAACUACAGUACCUUGAGUAGCAUAUUUGUGUAAUAUUACAAGUACAAGAUAGAGCAGCACUUCAGAAUAAUAGCUGCAAAAAAUUAACUAUUGUAGUGAAAAUUUAGAAGGGAGUUAUCCCUGAAUUCUUCUGGUUUUGUAUUAGUAAAUCCUUUUUUUUUGCAUCUUUCGGUCUUUGCCAGGGGACGGGGGUUAGACCAGAGCUGACUCUGGAAGUGACAAACUUAAGCUUUGCCUAUUUUUCUAUUCUCUGUUCUGCAGAAGUAGCACAACUGCAGGGACUCGAUGCUGCUGGCAUUGAGGUCUCAUUUCAUUGCUAGAUGCAAAUUCAGUCCCCGUUUAGAGCCACACUGAAAGCAACCCCAUUAUGCAGUGUGAACUGAGGUUGAACCUGAUGAGCAUAUUGGACCUUAGAGUAUAUUUUGGAUUCUAGGGCAAUUUUAGAGAACUGGCAGCUGCAGAAAUAACCCAGUGCUCAUUGUAAGCCAUGGGCAGUCACUCUAGAAGUGACUGAGACCAUUAUAUGGACCUCACCAUGUGCAGGGGUCAGAAAACGGAUGUUGUGUCCGUAAAAUAGCUUGGAGAUUUUGGGGGGGGAAAGAAGUCCUGAACUGAAAAAAAAAUGAGAGAAAAAGAAAAGCCAAAAGUUUAACAUGCCAUUUGGGAGUGAGGUGCUAAAGGGACAUAUUAUGGUGACUCGACACUUUUCUUACUUGGAUUUUGAGCAUUUAGAAAACCCAACCCUAUCUUUGUGAGUAUGUCACGAUUAAACAGAUACUGUUUCUUAAAAUAAAUCUCUUUUCUUUUUUCUAAGAAGUGAGGGGACAUCAAAAUCAUACCCAAUUUUAAAAAAAGUUUUAAAGUACAACUUUCCUACAGAAGAGAGUUUUAACGGUUUGUUAUGGUUUUUAAUAAGGUGCAUCUAAAGGCUUUUUUCAAUUCUUUUCUUUUUUGUAGCAGAAGCACCUGUGUUAACAAACAUCGUCAGGUCUAUAGGCUUAUAGUCUUCCUGCUAAUAUACUCGUUAGAGAGCGUUUGAGACGUGGUGAGCCUGGGGUUCCUUUGGACAAGGGCAUUUCUUCAUGGUGAAUGGAGCUCUAUGAGUCCCUAACGCUGAGCCACAGUGAGAGCUUUGAGCAUUAAACAGCAGUAGUUUGCAUUUUCCUUGGCACUUCUGGAUCUGCACUGAAUUCCUGCAGGGAAUUUAAGGAAGGAAGUAGAACAAUUGACACUGUCAUUUUUCCUGGAUGGCCCCAAUCCUUCACCUGUGUCUGGGCUCCUCCUCUGUAGAGUCCACAGGGAGGGAAGGUUUGAUCAGGCUGAGUUUAUUGCCAGAUUUCCACUUCUGAGAAUAUUUUAUAUAAUUUUACCGUUACUUUUUUUGGUGCAAACAUUCAACAAAAUCUCUGAAUGUUUUCUUGGUUUUAAUACGUUAUAGCACAUUUCAAAGCCAAAUACAUUCUUAAAACAAAAUGCUGAAUGGAGCUAAAAUAGACAAGAAGUACACAUUAUUUCUGGCAGAAAAGCAGCAUAUUUUCUUACUGUUGUAAAGAAUAUUGUGCAAUGAUCAGCUUUGUGAUACCUAACAAAUGACAACCAAAAUAAAAUCAUCCUUACUGAUGGUGCAUUCAAUGGUGCAGAAAAUUGACCUUGUAUUGUACAGUAGGACAAGAAAGCAUACAUUAAUUUUGAAUGCUCAAAUGAUAUCACCAUUCAAAAAGGGCUUGACCAGGCCAUGAUAAAUAAAUUAUAUUAAUUUAUUAUGUUAUAUUAAUCAGCUGCCUGAUGCAAGGAGGGUGGAAGCAGGCAUCUGGGGUAAUGUUCUCACAAACCUUUUUAAUCCACUGUCUAUAAAGCAAUCAAGUGUAUGUCUUUAUAAUUUUCUGCUUGGAAAUAUAAGCUUGUUUGGCCCAUAGUCUGAGACUAUCAGUGUUCACCAUCUCUAUAUCUGGCUAUCUGCCACUGAUGGGACACUGAACCUUAAUUAAAAGCCCUGUGAAAAGGAGUCUGUAUUAGUUCAGGCUUAGUCCCAUACCGAUAUGGCUGUGUGGUAUCUCGUUCAGAGCAGAUUCAAUUCAGGCCAGUGCCAGGCAAUGGCCGAGUGUAUUUAUGCCUGCCUGCAAAGGAUGUAGAGACAUACUAUGAGUUCUUUAUAUAUAUAUGUGUAUGUAUGUAUGUAUACAUAGAUAUGUAUGCAUAGAUAUAGGUAUAGCUACCAUUUGGAAAGGAAACUCAGAUCUGGCCCAUUUAAGAGAUCUGUUUCACACAGAUGGGAUAAAUUGUGCUCUGGAGGUGUCAGUCUCAUCAUUUACUGUAGAGUAACAACUUUAGAUUAGACACUUGAUUUGAAGGCUGCUAGAAGGUAAAUGAAGUGAAUCCAACCCAUAACUCAAACUCCCAGCCUGGUCCCAUUUGCAUAAAAAGAUGCCACUGAAAAGGACCACUUACGAUCUUUCCAGCACAGAAACACUUUUAGACUGAUAUGACUAGCAGUACAGAGAAAAUGAGAAUGUCUCGGCAUGCAGCUAGAAACAAAGUAUUCAGCUCCUAAAUCACUGAAGACAGAUCCAUAGAGACAUUAGAUGCUUAGUUUUUGGCCUGUGGUGAUCAGGUUUAUAACUUCUGGCACUGGUGCCAUGGCAUGAUACUCCUGGACCCAGAUUCCCAUUUUUCACAGAUUUGUGGCCGUUGUGGUGCUCUUCAUCACAACAUGUAAUGUCAAAGCAUUGUGUGGAGCCACCAGUUGCUUAGCAUUUUGACCACUGAAAGACUGUCAUCUCUUCAGGAUCCUUGGCUGUCCUAGGGUAUUAAAAGAUGUUAAGGGGCCUCAUAGCUCAGCUGUCUUUUGCACUGUAAAGAGGCCAAGACUUGGAAAUGUCCAACAAAGGGAUGAAAUGUAGUGGAGAGCUUCCAAGUUAGAUAGCGACUAACUGUCAGGUGAUUGUCUAGAUGGCAGUGGAGCCUUGGCCCUGUGCUGUGCAUGCGCGGGAGAAGGAAGAGGGAGGAGAAAGUAUAUAAACAAUGAUGGUCUAAAAAUGGUGAAGAUCUUCCACUGAAGUCAGUAUUUACUGCUCUUCAUAUAGCAGCUGUUCAUGCAUUUAUAAUUUAUUUUGCUGGACAUCGGCAGAAUUGUCUUUCCCACAGGUAGCAUUUGAAGAUGAGGCUGGCUGUCAUCUCUGGGGGGUGACAACUAUGGGACAGGGAAGGUCCAUUUGAGGAAAAUCAAAUAUAGAUGCCCUCAGGAAAAAUGCAGUCUGGCUUCAGGAGAGACUUUCUAAAGACCUGUAGGAAAGGAACAUAUGAAAUUCUCUGAACUGUUUUUCAUCAUAAUGUAUGGACAUUAUAUUUGAGGUUGGCCUUGCUUUGAGCAAGAGUUGGACCAAGUGACCUCCAAAGGUCCUUUGAACCUUUGUUAUUGUGUCAUUUACUGAUUCUGUAGGUUUUAAUAGCACAGAUAGGGAGGAGACAGAAUUUGAAGGUUCUUAGUUAGGUGUCAUUAGUUGUUGGUUUUUGGCUUAAAUAUGACACUGAGCUAUCUAGCACCCAUUUUCAAGUUAAAGAGUGUUUCUAAGAGCUGAUACUUGUCAAGUAGACACUAAAGAAACUUAUAUUCUGAAGCUACAGCAUAUAAAUAAAUUAAGCCCUUCACUGGGCAUCAGCUAACAUCCACACUUCAUGCCAAACACUGAGAAAAAAGUCUCAGUGACCAUGCAGUGUCUGGAAGCAGUGAGCUAGUAUGGAUGCAUCAGCAACACCCACUCCCACCCCCAACCUCUUCCCCAACCCAGUGCAAGGUGAAUUGGGUGUUUGAAAACAGUUUCAAAAAAAAUCACAUGGCACUUGAGCUGGUUUUCAGUGUCACACUGACAGAUGUGCACAUCCAAGACCGUAGGAAAUGUGUGAAGGGCAGUGACAAGUAGGUUUCUCUUUAGCAGCUGACUCUGUGGGUUGUGCUUUCCACUCCGAAUUCAGCCUUUCACUGCCAGUGUGUGGCCACCACUGCUCAGACUGCCUGGGCUUCUCCACAGUGUCCAGGUACAUCUCUGAGGCCUGUGCACAUCUGCAGAGUCCCAGCCCCAUUCCCAGGCUCACCUUCCCUGUUUUUCUAGGGUGAUAUUAAAGGCAUAUUUCAAGCUUUACCCUCUACCAUAUUAGAUUUAACUGAAAAGCUCUUUUUGUCCAGACACUAUAAUCUCUACAUAUCCAUGAUGCCUCACAGGGUUACUCAAAAAAAAAAAAAAAAAUCUUCUCCAAAUUGUGGCUUAGCAGCAAGUCUCCAAAUAAAUCAAGACUACUGGGCAAACCUUCUAUCAUCCUCAGGGCAUUAUUUUAUUAAGGAAACUUUUGUUUUUAUUUUAUGUGGGGUCCUUUUGUACCAUCCUGAAUGUUAUAGUGCCUGGUAGGAAUAGCUAGGACUGGAGUAUUUACAUUUUUGAAAUAGCUGUUUUGAGAAGGGGAGCUCAAGUGAGACACUGGCCUCAAACUCAGGCCAAUAUCUGCCAUGUGUGACCAUUUCAUCUGGUUUCUUCCUCCAAUUACACCUGAGGUGAAGUUUUGCACAGGCGGCUCUUUGACCUCAUGCCAUCCAGUGCUAGUAAAAGUCCUUUUCAUUUCCUCUGGCAGAUCAUGGGGUUUCACUCAACACUUCCACGUAUGAUAUGCCAGGACGCUCAGGCGCUUUCCUGUCCUGGGCUUGGUUUCAGAAGAAUUUCCUGAGUUGUUGCACCUUUUUUCUCUGCUAUCACGUUUGUUUUCUUAGAAAAGAAAUCUUUUGUGCUGGUGUGCACCUCCUCCAGCCGGCCGUGCAGGCGAGGACGUGCAUGACAUUGUAAGCAGGCCAGGAGCUGUGCGGGAUGCUGUGCUUUCUGCCUGACCAGCGGGGAAUCCGGUUGCACUCGAGGCUGCUCUCAAGACCAUUAGUCUGAGGUUGCAGUUCAUUUUGUAAAUUGGGUGGUGUCUUACCGAGCUGUCAUGCAAAGGAUUUUUUUUUUUUUCAGCGCAAAACAAAUUUGUGCUCCACUGCUAAUUAGUCCUCUGUUGUCCCUGCAGAAUUAAUUACCGCCUUCACCACUUGUGUCACCAAGUGCUGUUUGGCCACAGCUGCUUCUUUUGUUUUUUUAAUGUAUAAUUAUGAGUCCUGGUGUUGCAAACAAGUUCAGUCAGGCAGCACUUAAAAACUACAGAGCUGAAAUGUCCCUUACACUGGUAGCCUCGACUGUUUUGAGCACCGGCAGCUUCGCUGCACUCACCACGUGUUGAGAGCUCAGGGCUGUCGGGACCUCGGCGAGGGCUUCCCGCUCCUGGCAUCGCUCGGCGAUGGCUGCAGGGAGGCCAUGGCACCUCCCAGCUCCUCUGGCUGCCCCUGGCUGCGCCGCGGGCGCCCAGCCGCGUUUUUUGACUUCGGGGAAGGGCUGAGUGCCACGGACUGCAUAAUUCUAUCAAGUGGUAAAUUCAAUUUAUCGAGUGGGAGAGGCAGUAGCUAGCAAUAAGGCAGGAUUUGGGGUUUAAAAAUAUCUGCCUUGUGGGAAUUGGGCAAGCUACCAGAAAGACAAUAAAGGAUUUAUCUGGCAGUGCACUGCAUGCCAAAGGAAUGCUAAAUAUGAAAGCAGGAGACUUUACUGAUACCAGUGAAAAAGCUCAUUAGUGUUAAAGUGCAAAGCAACUCUGUAAACCUACCUUUUAACUGUCCCAGUAAAAUCCCAGCACUCGAACUAGGGAAAGGAAAGUUUGUUUCUGUGCAGCACAGAACCGGCUAAUCAGCUUCCUCAGAAAAGUUGCCCACAAAAUCUCUCUCCACAAAUGUGGUAGUUACCACUGUUUUGCAGGAUGGACACAUUUCACAGCUGACCUCAAUGUAUUUCUCCUGCCAGUAGUUUUACAGUGAUUCAGAGGUGUCUCAAAGCUUGUACUGCAGUAUUUCUCGCAGGGCAUGUUCCUUCCCUUCCUUGCUUAUAGCCAGUUUUCUAUUAUUUGCCCUUUAAGAGAACUGUGGCCCCAUAAGAGAAGUGGGAGCAAAUGAUAAACUUGCAGGUUGCAAGGAUGCAGGGAAGUUGAGGGUUCACCGUGUUUUUAAAAUGAACAUGCCAGCAGUAAAAACAUGCCUGCUAGCUGUCUAAGGCUCCAGUGACUGUGUGCACAGCUUUCAUGCCAGAAUCCCACUGGUAUUGCUGGGAGGCAUGUGGCAAACUGUUGCACAUGAAUUAGGCCAUGACAUGCUUCAUAAACUUUACAUACCUAUUUACUGUUGUUAUAUUUGGAAAAAAAAUGCACAACAACUGACUGGGGCUCUUGCAUGCAAGUGUAGCUGCAUAGUGUGUGAUAAUUUCUGUGUGUUUUGAAAGCUACAUCAUAAGAAGGAGAUUAUUUUCCAUGCUGAAAAGCAGUGUUUUCCUCCCUUCUUUCCUUCCUUCCUUCUGUCCGUUCUUUCUUCCAUCCUUCCCAUUCUUUUUUGACUUCUUUCUUUCUGGAUCUCUUUCUUUCUUGAAUUCUUGCAAGAUUUCUUGCCAAAAUCGUAAGGCUAGCAACUUGCAGAAAGAGGAAGAUGACUGACUAAGUAACCCUGCACUAGUAGACCUGUUUCGAUAUUUGUGUUCAAAAGAACUAAUAUACAAGUAUGAAUUGUAGUUGGGGCUGAUUUGUUAAUGUUCUGCUUCAAUACUAGCCAGUGACCAAGUGAUUUAGAAAAGCAUAUUUUCUGAAGUGUUUUCUUUGUUUUGGAGGUAAAUAUUUUCAGAUUCUGAGCAUCCUGUGUAAACAUUCCUAUUAAUGUCAGUGGGAAUCUUUCCACAAAUUUAACGUUAACCCAGGUUCUUGCAGAGGGACCAAAGCAAGGAGUACCUGCAUGGGCUGAGCUUUCUCAAAACAGAGACCUGUUGGAGCCAGAUAUUAAAUUUCAGGCCCUUCUCUAAAUGCAAAUGGGUCCAAGAUUUCAUGACCUACAAAACGCUGCAUGUCAAAUACAGGCAGAAGUGUAGAGGAUGUUCUUGAAGAUUGGGACAGCUAGGUAAAUUGCCAUAAAAUCAGCUGAACCGAUCAGGAAAGGGGCACUUUUUAAUUAAUACAUAUUUGAAUACAAAUGAUUUAUUGUCGAUGUGUGAACUGUCAGUAAGUAAUCUCCAUCCAAAUUAACUGCUCAAAAUUCAUGACUGCCUAGAAUAUCCUUGUACAAGCCAGAUAUGUACAUUAGCUGUGCAAACGCUCUCUGGAGAGAAGCGCAGUUAAAAAUAAAGUUAUUUAUUAUUACUACAACAGAGAGCAAAUGACAAAGACCGGGGGGGUCUGCACCUCUGUAUCUGAGCUCUGCUGGUUUGGAUGUUGUCUGAAAUGUUGGUCUCCUGAGCCCGAUUUGUGUUUGCUGAUGGGUAGAGCAGAGCAGCACGUGGAGAGGGAGCAGCUUGCACAGGACUUCAUGAAGACCAGGAUUCAGGGGCUGGAUUCCCGGCUCCAUCAGGGCCAUGGGAAUUCGACUGUAGCGUUAGGCUUCCUCCCCUGCCUCUCCCAGCCCUUAAAAAUGCCUGUGAGCUCCUUCUCAUGUUUUGGCAACAAGCCCUCCUAGGCUCUCGGUGCAGGCAGUUCAGCUGAAAAGGCAGGAGAUGCCACAAAGAGGAGGAAGAUGUGUCACUAGGUCUUCAUAGCCUAAUAUUAUUUAUGUGAACAAAAAAAUCUAGGGAACAUGCUUUACUGGGAGAAGAGGGGAACAAGGGGUGGGCAUGACCUUGCAUUUGCCUCUGUGCAUCCCCCAGCUCCCUGAUGAGGUAUGGUAACAGCAUCCAUGUAAUGGCAUGCUCAGGCUAAAGCAUGAUUAGUGGCAGGUGGAUAUUUUUUCAAAACUAAUCAUCAUUGUCGUAGAUGAUCUCAUUACAAUCAAAACAUUGUACUAUUUUUCUAGCUUUUUUCCCUAGGCUUCCCCUGCACCCACAAUGACAACUUAAAACUGAACCGGCCAGGAGCUGCUAGAGCAAUAGCCUGCCUAAGUAAGGGCAGAAGCCAAAAGCCACCCCAGCUCACCCUCACUAGAUGCCCACACGGUCUGUGCUCACUGUCGGUCCUACGCAUAACCUGUCUUCUCUUCUUGGCUAAAAUGCAGCUGUGUGGCCAAGACGCGAUUAAUUUUUCUCUGGGAGCAGGGAGCCUUGUAACGCCAGCCCAGCACUCGCUGGCCAGCGCUUGGGCUGUGCCUUCUCACGCUGCAUCCUUGAGCACCUAACAAGGCCAAUCCUGCAACACUAAUCCCUGUCUGUUCAAACCGUUCCCCUAAAAUUAGCAGGGCUUUCUUCCCCAGCAAGGAUUAGUCAGAAUAUAAUGGGCUUUAAAGCCUCCUUUUUACCCUGAGCUCCUUAGUUUUGAUUUCAAAUUUCAAGGUGUUCCGUUAGCUGAGAAAGCACCCGCCAGUGUAAUCCUCUUUGUGCAACCGUCAUAGAGGAGCGUUUAAAACAACUGGUUUUAAAAGCUCAUAGUGGAAAAACCUGAUCCAUAGAGUAACUGCAGCUUUUGAAUGUAUGUCAUUCACAGUCACUGGACUAAGGGGAAGAACAAAAUAUCUGGGAAAACUGUUUUUUGCAAGGGAGAAAUUGGGGGGAGGGGUGGGCUACUGCUGGGGUAAGGUUUCUUUUGUUACUACUUGCCGUUCUUUGUACACUAGCUAAUGCAAAUGGCACUCGUUACGGAUGACAUUUUUGAACAGCCCAGCUAUCUUUUUUGCUGUUGUUAAUAUACUGAGGAUUUGGGGGGAUUUUAAAUGCCUCUGCCUUUCAGGAUUAUUUCUACAAAAGCAAUUAAGAACUGUAUUUUGACAGCAGGAAGCUUAUAAAAAUCUAGAGAAAAAAAUAAAGCAUUUGAAAUUGAACAGCUAUAAAAGGAAUGCACCUCUGCUACCAUAUCCGAAAUCUGCAAAACGAUCAUGGACUGCAUCAAGCAAGGACCAUCUUUCUACUGAAAAAUCAUCCAUCAGUUCAUGCAGAGUGGAUGCUCCCUUGACCACUCACGUGACUGCCGAGGAGGAACGUGCAGGAACGCUUUGAGUAAAUGUGGCUACUGCGUCACUUUUGGACAUCACCAUGUGUGAUAGAUGGAAAUUGGUUAAUCCGUAGCAAGUUUCCUGUUGCACUUUUCUGUUUGCUAAAAUUCAACAAGGAAAAUGUGGGUCACUUUGAAAGCAUUGGCAGACAACUGUUUCUAACCCAAAAGGAUUAUGGGUUUUAGCACAAUGAACUGUACUUCUUCAGGGAGGAUCAACUUUGAUUUCUUUUUUUCCACACGUCUUUGUUUACAUGUGGCUAUAUUUUCAUUGAUACAGAAUAAAAAGUGCAUUUUAUUGA